GAGAGAACGGUGCCAGUGAAGCCAAGGUGCCGGCCGGGCUGCGGUGGAGCUUCCCUCGCCGUCCAGCUCGGCCAGGCCCAGCUCCUCGGCCGCAAUGGACGACCGCCUUCCCUUCGACGAGAUCGCGGACCUGGAAGACAUAAUGCAGGCGGGAACGUUCGAAAGAGACAGUCAGGCCCUUUUGGACAACACCGUCCUGCACGGUGCAAUGGGGGAGACCUACGAGGAGAAAUUUAAUUUCUUUAAGGAUUUGUACCUGUCAGCGGAUGACGACAAAGAAGUCGUGCUAUCUCAUUUCAACCCCGUUAACGAUUUUGACGACAAUGAUGUUUUUGAAGAGUUUUUAAAACUCCAACACCUAAUAUCUGUAGAGGAAUCUCUUUCUUCUCCACCUCAUUCCUCCAACGACGAAUCGCUGCCUUCCUCAGUGACUCAGAUGGACCGUCCUAACAGCGGUCUGCCUAGGGUUCCAGCUCAAGAAGGUGCACCUCGCCCUCCCCAAGAGAUGCCGACAUUCCUCUGCCUGCCAUCCAACUGCCAAGAGAUGGAUUUGCCACAGCGUGUAGAAGAAAGUUUGGUGGGACAGUCUGUUGUGUAUCCCGCCACUCCACUCCUGAGUGUCAGAUCGCUUUUGAACCUCCAUAACUAUUCAAGGAAUCCGCUUAUGAUGGAUAACAUGGAAAAAGUUAAUAAUGCUGCAAGUGACACCCAGAAUCCACGUGGUCAAGGUGCCUCUGGUGUGUGUUCACCAUUUCAAGAGACAGUGGAUGAUGCCAGUUCUUCACACCAUAAGGUGAUCUGUCCUUCGGAAAGGGAGGUGCAGCUAGGUCCAGAGAGGUCUGGCAAAGGACAACGAAGCAAACAUCUGGUUCCUCAGAGACAGUAUUGGCGUGGUCGCUUUCAGUCAGGUUCCAAGCAAGUGAGAAUUUCAAAGGGUAAACCUGAGGUUUCUGUAUUAAGACGAAUUUUGAUGACCCCAUCUGAACCGAAAGUCCCCUCAAAACAGCUGGAUCGUGGAGCCUCAGCAUCAGAAACUCUGGGAGCCAUAAAUCUGUCAGAAUUAAGUCAUAAAUGCCCACCAGAAAAAACAGCCAGGGGCUGCGAUUGUCUUGCCAAUGGUGACUUGCACAACAACGACAGCUGCUACAUCUUUUAUGACAAUCUGAAUUGCAACACUGGAGAAAAUGAAGCCAUUAAGGCCAAAACUACGUACACUGGUGGCAAACAUGACAAUAGCAGUCCCCCACAAAAAGUACUCACCAACAAUUCAAACUCUGCAGCGACUAUGAGUUACGAAGGCAGCAAUCUUAGUUCAUCACCCGAGACUGCAGAACUUUCCAAAGAUGAAAAUCACGGGUCACCCCCACUGUGCAUCUCCUGGGAAGCAGUGGAAACCACCUGUGUUCGACUUCUGGCCCGGGGGCAAGAGGCUGAGGAAGCAAACUACCCAAAGCAUGUAGCAGAGCAGUUGAUCCUGGAGGAGUUUGGGAAAUGUGUAUCGCAGAUCUUCCAUAUGUAGCUGAGUCCCCCGAAGGUUUGGAGUGGUGGAGAGGCGAAUACGGUUUAUGGUGAAGAGGACAUCAGAGAUCAGAAAGCCUGAUGAUAUUUGAUAAGUUGUUAGUUUCACAUGAU